AUGUCCGUCAAAUUCCAAGAAGAAACGGUUCGCACUGCCGUCACGGCCGCGGGCGGCAAGUCCGAAGACCUCGCACACCGUGUCGGUGAGCGAUUGACCGGCGGAAGGACAGCGGCCGGAUAUCUCCAGGCCUACCUCCUCCAGCUCCAGAAGAACCCGCUGCGCACGAAGAUGCUCACCUCCGGUGUGCUCUCCGGCCUGCAGGAACUGUUGGCUUCAUGGAUCGCUCACGAUGUCGGCAAGCACGGCCACUACUUCAGCUCGCGCAUCCCCAAGAUGUCGCUGUACGGCAUGUUCAUCAGCGCGCCCCUCGGCCACGUCCUCAUCGGCAUUCUCCAGAAGAUCUUCGCCGGCCGCACAUCUCUGAAGGCUAAGAUCUUGCAGAUUCUCGUCAGCAAUUUGAUUGUCUCCCCCAUCCAGAACAGUGUUUAUCUCAGCUCUAUGGCCGUUAUCGCUGGUGCGCGCACCAUCCACCAGGUCCGCGCUACCGUUAAGGCUGGAUUCAUGCCCGUCAUGAAGGUCAGCUGGGUCACUUCGCCCCUGGCUUUGGCUUUCGCUCAGAAGUUCCUGCCCGAACACACAUGGGUGCCGUUCUUCAACAUUAUCGCGUUCUUCAUCGGAACUUACGUCAACACCCACACCAAGAAGAAGCGUCUGGAAGCUCUCCGCAAGCGGUACGACCAGCGCCGCGACCCCGGCUACGAGAAGCGCGACUACCCUUAG